AUGUAUUGCCAUCAAGUAUCGCCUAUCUUCUUAUCAACAGGAGAAGUUGUACUACAUAACUGUGGUUUGAGUUUGCGAGAAAAACUCGCCCCUAACCCUGGUUAUCGAGACUGUGUCCUCCAUUGUCGCCGCAUCACAAACUUCCUUUGUGACACCUCUUUCACUCAAACAUUCGAAGUACCACCGGCCUGGAAUACAUUUGGUUUCAUUCAAGCAAUUAAACAUGCCAAGCUUACUACCUCCCCAAUGGGGAGAUUAGCCCUCAAUCACAAGCUAGGGGCGUUGUUGAAGGGCCGGGGGAAUAGAACAAAUCCCUCAAGUCCAAGGCUCCAAUUCCCGGGCGUAAGGUGCUUACAGAGCAUCCAGGGGGCAAAUGAAUCGAAGGCAUCAGCGAAUAUUCCAGAUUUUGUCUCGUGGGAGACUGGAUGUAGUUUCCUGCAGUUGAUGGCAAAGACACAUCUAACUCUGCCUACUUGCCUACGAUGA